AUGAAGGACUCGUCCAGUGAAAAGGUGGAUGUCGAGCGAUACGUCGAUUCGGCAUCUAUCGACGGCCCAGCGCACAACAAAGCAGACGAACGCCGAUUGGUAUGGAAGAUUGAUUUAAAGAUUCUACCCGCGUCGAUCGUUAUCUAUCUGCUGUGCUUUUUGGAUCGAUCAAAUAUUGGAAAUGCUCGAUUACUCAACGACGCAACGGGACACUCCUUGAUGAAGACGCUUGGUCUGACGAACUAUCAGUACCUGAUCGCCUUGCAGACAUUUCUCAUCGCAUACACGGUCUUUGAGACACCUUCAAACUACUUCUUAAAGGUCUUUCGUCCUUCUCGUUGGAUUGCAUUGUUAAUGUUUUUAUGGGGCUCUAUGACGAUGAUCCUGGGUGCUGUACAGAAUUAUGCUGGACUGACGGUUGUGCGAUUCCUUUUGGGUGCUGCAGAAGCAGGGUUGUUUCCGGGCCUUAUCUACUUGUUUACUUUUUGGUACCGCCCGGAAGAGCGUAGUCUCCGUAUAGCUUUGGUUUGGGCAUCAGCUACUUUAGCAGGCGCAUUUGGAGGAGCGAUCGCAUAUGGAGUAGGGCAUAUGAACAUGGUCCGAGGAAUCGAGGGAUGGAGAUGGCUGUUCAUCCUCGAAGGGAUUCCGAGUGUUGCUUCCUCGUUGUUUGUGUUUCUUUUCUUUCCAGACUUUCCGGAGACGGUCACUUGGCUGUCGGAAGAGGAACGAGCGCUUGCAGUUGGUCGUCUCAAAGGACUUGCCUCCACCCAGGGCUCACAUUUCACCUGGGCUGAGGCCAAAGAAACGCUCAAAGAUUGGCGCUUAUACGGACAUUACAUUGGGUACCUUUGCACGGCAAUUCCGCUGAGCUCGCUGUCUCUAUUUCUCCCGACCAUUGUUUCCGGGCUCGGCUACUCGGGCCUUGAGGCGCAACUUUUUACAGUCCCACCGUACGCCUGUGCUUACGUUGUUACAUUGGUAUGCGCAUGGUUCGGAGACCGACACAAUAUACGUAGUUUGGUAUCCACUUGCUGCAUGUUUGUCGCCAGCAUUUCUUUCCUCGUGGAAGCGCUUUUGCCAGCUACAGCGUUCAAAGCUCGUUACGGCGUACUAUGUCUCGCUACAGCAAGUUCGUUUGCCUGCGUUGCGCCCUCAUUAGGAUGGCUAUCAUCUAAUCUGCGUACAACUGGAGCCGCCGGACUGGCGCUCGGCUUGGCAUUAUCGUUUGCCGGUCCAGGUCAAAUUAUCGGCGUGUGGAUAUACAAAUCAAACGAAAGUCCUCGUUAUUUCACAGGUGAGUCAUCUUUCAGGGUUCCAUUACCCGGCACGGAUAUUAAAGUCGACAAAAAGGACAUAUGGGUUGCGUACGUUAUACGCUUGGAGGAACAAAAAGUUACCCGAGGGAAGUCGACUGUGGGUGUUGUAAUCGGUAGUCUCGCGGCAUAUCUCGUUGUCUUCUUAAAAUAUAUUGCGCAAUACAAACGCGGAUUUGUCUCAUUCUAUUGCUCGAAAUUCGCCUUUUCGGAGGCUCGGCGAUCUAUUUGUGAACUGGACAUUUCCCUCCCCACUCCCCCGCCACCACCUGUAACCUGUAUGGCUGUACUUGCUGCGCCAUCUUCUGUCGAACACUUUGUUCAGGGACAUCAUGACAUCACCAGGCUAAAAACUGGGCUUCCAACACACAGUUCUGCUAUAUAUUCACCUCGUACCACCAUGGGAGGAUUCAACGAUACUUGUUCUCAAGCGUCAGGUCGUUCUACACCUAGUCAACGUUCCAGCGUAACACACUGCUCGCCAAAAGAACAAGUUUCCCAUUGCCUGGGGCAGUAUCAGACUCUCGCGCGCAAGGGCCUGGACUUGGACUCUGCUAAGGAGGCCCUGUUCUGGUGUUGUCUUGGCCUUGGCACUGUCGCUUGUUCCCAGCUAUCGUCCACCCAGCACUCCCCCUUGUCAGCUCAAUCCCGCUCUGGCUCCACACACUCGCUAGACACCAUAUCCGACUCGGGAUUUGCGCCUUCUUUCGAGACCAGAGGGCGUCAUUGCCUAUCACUAGACGAUCCCGAUCUGGAGAACUCAAUUACAAACCUCGUGGGUGGCAUUGCAGGUAUAUUUGUUUCGGGUCUGCUAAGUUCUACCAGCGCGCCAUAUGAUUUGUCGUUGCCUGACGUCGGCCAAGACUUUGUGACUGUUCUGUCCCGCUUCGGCCUUGCUCAAAGCCAACUAGUCGAAAACAUCCUUCCGUUCAUUACUAAGGUCUCAGCACAGCUCUUAUCCAUAUUACAAAGUGACUAUGAUACCUCUAGCUCUACGCCUGACAGAGCCUUCCCGAUCUCUCAUCAUCAGCGCCCCAUAUCAAGGUGGAGGAGCUCUUGGUUUUACUCCCUUUCCGAAAUACGACACACCUUCCAUAUCUCCCAUAUCUCCCAUAGCGCCUCAUAUUGCCGCUCGGUUCCAGCGCCAGACACGAUCCGAGCCGCUUCUCUGAUGUCUCAUUCAUCCUUGCGUUCGUUCUCCUCUGUUCGCUCUCUGGGCGCCCUUUCUCCGAAAUCACCUGCUACUUUGUCUUUAUCCCGUGAUUUCCGGGCUGGAGAGAGCCCGACACCGUCUGGCUCUUUUAUUACGGGAUCUUCGGGAUCCGCCUGGGGGACUCUAGACUCGCUUGCUGAAGAUCUGCAAGUUCGUUCACGGCGGAGAGAGCCACUUUUACCCGAAAAUAGAUAUUCUGCGACUGCGCCCAGUUCUCCACAAAGAGCAACGCUAUCUCGCACGACAUCCAGCUCGACUGAUGGAAAGGGGAAAGGGAAGGAAAACACAGGACAACUGCCCCGAGAAGGUUUACGGCCUGGAACGGCCAACCUUAGCGUUCGGACAGGGACCCGGUUUGCUGUGACUUCUCCGCCUACACCGAGUGGAUUGGGUCGUAGCAAACUCCCGCUGCCAAAAAUGGAUCCUGUAUUAGCUGCAUUGGAGAGAGGCUCAAAGCUGAAGAGCAAGUCGAUGUGUCUGAAUUGUGGGAAAAAGGGAGAUAACUACCCAUGUUGUCCCCGAUGCAGCGAAGCCUGGUGCUCGCGAGAGUGCAGAGUGGAAGCUAACAAUGGGGGGAAACAUGUAUGCAAACGAUCUGCGACGCUCGCCUAA